GCUUUUUUUUCCUUCCAGUUUUUUUCCCUCAAACGAUUGAAGAAUGAAAACGAAAAAGCAAAAAAGGCAAGGCGAUUUCCAGAAAAUUCAGCUAAAGAUUGGCAAAAAGAAGCCAAAAGCAGACAAUGCAACAAACGUCAACUUCAGAUCAAAAGCUAUCCAUUUACCAGAGCAGCUAAAGCAUGCGGAUUCAGGGCCAACAAAGCACAGACAGCUUGACAUUAAGGAUCUGUUGUCCAAGCUACACCACAUCAACAGUAACAUAAAGCAGGGAGCUCUGGUGGGUUUGCGGGAGUUGCUGUCAGCUCAGCCUACUCUGAUUGAGCUGCAUGCAUCAGCGGUCCUCUCUGAGGUGGCAGCACUCUUCACUGAUAAAGACGGCUCUGUGCGAGCAGCUGCAGUGCGUCUGCUGCGUUUCAUCGCUCAGUGCAUCUCCGCCGAACGUGUAGCUCCCUUCUUCCCUCUGCUCAGCGCCCACCUCACUUGUGCCAUGACUCACAUCUCAGAAGCAAUCCAGGAAGAUGCUCUCCGGGUCCUGGAUGUGCUGCUGGAGCACUAUCCUGGACUUCUUUCUCAGAAGCAUACGGUUCUUCUGACAAAUUUUCUAGAGCUUAUCUCCCAGAAGCGAAAAGUAGGAACAGGGCAGGAUAAAUCCGGGAAAGGGGCCUUUGCUCUGACUAUCAGCACGAAUCGUUCCGUGACAGCACAACAAUGGAGACUCACUGUGCUGCUCAGGUUGGGGAGUUUUCUGCAGGCAGUUGUUGAGGAAAGACCUCUGGAGGAAGGUGUGACCAGCCUGAUUGGCCUUGGAAUGUGGGCUGGAGAGAAAAGCUCGGUGACAUCUGUGGAUGUGAGUUGGGAGGAGCAUGUCUUUGGCAAGGGCAGGAUCCAAGUGUUUGAAAAUUCUGGAGCCGUUCCCACCCCACAUUCCACUUAUCGGCUAAGGCCGGACUCUAAGGCAGGGGCUGGAAUGAGUAAGGAGCUCUGCUCUGCUGAGACGGUGCAGGGCUUUGCAGGAACCCUGGUGCCUCUGAUGCUGGAGAUCUGGGUGGAGGCGGCAGGUGGAGAUCGUGUGCAGACAGACAGCGGCCACCUGCUCUCAGCAGAGGCCAUGGCUCUUAUGUUCCAGAUCCUCACCAUACUGCAGUUACUGAGAAGACUUACCCCACAGAGAGAUCAACAGGACAUACUGGACGCCUGGUUCCGGAAUUCAUACCUGACAGAUUUCAAACACCACUUCAUGAAAAACUUCCCCUAUGGCCUGCUGGAGGUGGCAAGACACAAGAAGAAAGCUGAUGGAAAGAGGAUUAGGCAGCCGGUAGCAUCUGGAACGGUUGCUGGUGGCAAUGUGGAACCGUUGGCCCUAAAUGUGACAUUGUGCCAAGUUAUGGUGACACUCAGUCUUAGGGGCCAGGAUCACGUAGAAGCCCAAGAUGCUGACUGGCUCGGACCAAUCAGAGGGUUUAUUAGGGAGACAUUGUCCAGUGGGAGCAAGCUGAGCUCAAAGCACCUGGCAGCCUUACUGGAGGUGGUGUGGAGGAUGAUUGUCACCCAGCGCAGCCGCGUGGUGACAGACGAUCUCCUGCAGGCUGUGUAUGUGCAGUACCAGCAGAGGAACCUGGCUGUGAGCGUCCGCACUUUGCUGCUGCGCUUUUUCAGUCAGCUCUACAUUCAGGAGCAUCAGAACCACCCUCAUAUUGCCCGGAGCAGGAUUCUGGCGCGUUGGCUGGCGUCACUGCCGGUGCAGUUGGUUCAGCUCGGCAGCAGGAAUCCUCAGCUCUCAGCACAACUGCUGGAGACGAUCCAUCCUGCUGCUGCGAGGGCCAAUAAAGACCUUCUUCAGAGUCUUCAGAAAAAUGCCUGCAGUAUUUAUGAUCCACAGGAGGGCUGUGUGGUGGUUUUGCCUAUGGAGUCCCAGAAGAGACUGGUUCAGAUUCUCCAUUUCCUGCCAAUGUUUCCCGCAGAGCUUCUGGCAUGUCUCAGUCAGGUCUGCAACACUGGGAGAGUGUCGGCUAGCCUGGCCACCAUGCUAAUACGCACCAUACACCUGAGGUCUCCUCUGAGUGGCUGGUCGAGCAGUUCACAGGAUGUGCCGGUGAAGGAUGUAGAUUACCUCAGUUUCUUUUUCACCACACUAACAGGUUUCUCCUCUGAGAUGCUGCGGGUCCUGCAGGACACAGAUGAAGACAGCCUGUUGCCUUCCUCCACACUCUCGCCUCUCAGCGUAUUCGCCACCACCCUGGAGCAGUUCCUUCACCAUUGGGAUGUAGUGGAGGAGGUGUGCCACUGCCUGGACACUAUAGGAUCUCGUGCACAGUGUUUUGAUGUGAUACAGAAUGCCAUCAUUAAGAAUCUGUGUGGACUCGUGGUGGUGCCAGACUGUGUUUGUGCAGCGGUUUUAAGGUGUGUUCCCCGGUUACUGGAUGUAAACUUCCUGCCCAGCGACACACUCCUCCACUUCCUGUCUGACUGUUGCUUGAGCAUGCUCAGUCUUCUGCUACAACUGGAGCAGAGUGCUCGCAAGAGGGAUGCCAUGUGGGAGGCAUGUUUUGCUGCGUUGAGCACUGUACCGAGGCUGCUGCGAUUGGUCUUGCAGUCUUUACGUGUGUGUGACCUUUGUGAGGAGGAGCUCCCCGUGUUGGCACAGAUUUUGUCAUUACUUCUUCAGCAUACUCAAUUGCGCAACCACAUGAUGGCCAACGCCAGUCUACUGCAACAUAUCAUACAGGACUUAACGCAUUUCUAUAGUGGAGAGACUCGAGAGCAGUGGCUGACUGACCUGUUGUACUGCUACAGAGUCACACUGUCGGGUCACCGGGCCAACAUGGGCAUGAGGGACAUCUAUUAAUCGCUGACCAUUAGUGUUCAUUGCUACAAUAUAUUUUUUUGUUCUUUCUUUUCCUGAAUCCAGUUUUUUUGUACAAAAUUAUGACAAUAAACCACGUGAUAAUGAGUUGA